CGGCGAGUGGUAGAACAAGAAAUGUUGGAGUAGCUAGCUGGCUAGCUAACAGCUGGAUAUUGUCUUUUGGAGAUUCAUUAUGUCCAUUUGAUGCCUGGACACAGGGGGUGAGUGCAUGCUUGAGGCCGGUGUGAUCGAAACAGUGGAGGUCUCAGGGAGUCAAUCUUUGUGGCCAUGGCUGAUGGAAUGAGUGACGAUGACGUCAUUCACCUGGCCAGUUUCAACACACAUCGGAGUCAAGGUAGCAGAUCACGAAAAAGGUUACAUGCUACGACAGACUCGGCCAUUACAAUAUCUGAUGACUCGGAUGAUGAACCACUUGCCAUAGGACCUCAGAUUCCAGUUCUGGUCAAUGAUGAAGAUGAUGAUGAAGUCAGAAUCUUAGAGCCCCCGAUGCCGCUUGUGAAGCAGCUUAUACGACCUGCUGCCAAAUGGGGUGGGGAGCCCUCACAGGGUACGUCCUACGCCUCGGCCCGCAUCCCCGUGGAAACACCGCAAGCCUCAACAGCUCCUCAGCGGACGACGCUCCCCACAUCAGGAAACAAAGCCAUAAAUGUCUUGGAUGUGGACCACAAUGCUGUACCCUCUACAUCUAGAGACGUUAAUGCCUUCCCUAGACCUCCCUUGCCUACUAGAAACACUCAGACCCAGUAUGUAGCUCCCGCGCCUGCUGGUCUGUUGGCCCGCCAGGCCGCGCCGAUUGUAGUUCAAUCUCUCAUUCAGCCUGUUGUUAGGCCUGUGCUAAGGCCUCCUAUUUACGGGGGCUCUGGGACUGUGGUUGGUGUUGGGCACAGAAGUACUGAGGCUGUAGCUGCUGCUGUGGCGCCCAUUGCCCUCCCUCAGGAAAGACCUGCCGCUGCAGUUGCAGGACCAGCAGCGCCAGCAGCAGCAGCAACAACUACAGCUGCACCAGCCACUGUAGCAACAGCAGCAGCACCUUGGAAUACACACGUGCCGUUGAACCCUGUGGUGAUCAUCGCACCAAGGGCGGAGCAGGUGGAGGUUAACCCUGGUCAAGCCCGGCCAGCUGAGCCUCCAGCACAGGUGGACGAUGAGAGGCCCGGGCCCUCCGCGCCCAGGGAAGGUCAGGUGCAGCGACGGCAGAGGCAUCCAGUCACCGUACGGGACCUAGUAAAGGAGGUGGUGGACCUUUUCCCCGAUGUGGAGGAAGCCUAUUUAACUGACUUGAUUGAAAGAAACGAUGUUAAAGAUCCCAAUACCAUAUGCAAUUUGUUGUUGGAAAAUCCUGAUUACCCUAGGAAAGAAAAUGCUGUCCUGGCGCACUCAAGUAGUCUUUUGGAACCAAGUGAAGAGACACAGGAAAGUGAGAACUACUUUGAUUUCUCCAAGCUGAAGCAAGUCAGUCCUUCAAUCGUGAUUCAGGCCUCAGAUAUGUUGAUGAGGGACUUCCGAAUGCUCAGCUGCCAGGACAUCAGGUGGACCCUGAACUCCCUCAAAGGACACUAUGCAAUCACCCGCAAGGCCUUAUUUGAUGCCCUCAAGAAAUGGCAGGAAAAUUCCACGGACCUCGCACAGGCCAGAAAGAGACGGAGAGAAACAAACGAGCGCCUCUUCAUGGAUUUCAAGUUCGAGCAGGGUGCCUUGAAGCUCGAGAGGCGCAUGUACUUUCUGGAGAAAAAGCGCAAAAGCUGGAGCCAGCCGGGGAGCCUGGAAACCUCUCUGACGAGAGAGCUGGAGGCCUACCAGCAGAAAGCCAAGGAGAUGGCCGAGCACGAAGAUUUCUUACUGGCUUUGCAAGUGAAUGAAGAGCAGUAUAUAAAGGAUGGGCAGCUAAUCGAGUGCGGCUGUUGCUGCGGGGAGUUUGCCUUCGAGGAAAUGACACAGUGCACUGACGGCCAUCUCUUCUGCAAAGAGUGCCUGGUGAAGUACGCCCAGGAGGCAGUGUUUGGAUCAGGGAGGUCGGAGCUCAGCUGUAUGGACGGAAACUGCACAUGUUCCUUUGCUGCGAGUGAGCUAGAGAAGGUUCUACCAGAGAACGUUCUGCUCAAGUACUACGAGCGGCAGGCUGAGGAGGCGGUGGCGGCGACUUGCGGUGAUGAGCUGGUCAGAUGUCCUUUCUGUAACUUCCCCGCGCUACUGGACAAGGCCAUCUCACUCUUCAGCUGUCCGAAUCCCCGCUGCAGAAAGGAGAGCUGCAGGAAGUGCCAGGUGGUGUGGAAGGACCACGUGGGGAAGACGUGCGAGCAGGUGGUGGAGAGGGACGAGAUACGGCUGCGGGUGGCCUUCGAGGAGAAGAUGACGGCGGCGCGCAUCCGUAAGUGCCAUAAGUGCGGGACGGGGCUGGUGAAGGCAGAGGGCUGCAACCGCAUGUCCUGCCGCUGCGGAGCCUUCAUGUGCUACCUCUGCCGCCAGCCCAUCAACGGCUACAACCACUUCUGCCAGCACGCCCGCUCGCCUGGCGCCCCCUGCAGGCACUGCAAGAAAUGCUCCCUCUGGUCCGACCCCACGGAGGAUGAUGAGCGGAUCAUUCAGGAGAUCCAGAAGGCAGGCGAGGCCGAGCUCAACAAAAACUCAGACUCUGCAGGGAAGCGUGUGGGUCCUCCCCCCGAGCCCAUCGCCGCCAAGCGGCCUCGGCCGUCCCCGGCCCCCCACCCCGUCCCUCCGCUGCCGGUGCAGCCCCCUCUGCUGGUCCGCCAGAUGAUCCUGGGUCCGGGCGGCCCACAGCGCGGCGUCCUCUUCCACCCGCCCAUCCCGGCCCCAUACGUGCCCCCGAUCCCCAACCUCCCGCCACACAUCCCCCGCAACAUGCACCUCAACUUCAACCUGCCUAUGCACUAUGGACCCCAUCAGCGCUUCUUCAGGCCUCUAUGAAACACAUGCCGCGGUCGUGUCUGUUGUCAUGGAGCUCCACUUACUGCUGCACCCCCCCCCCCCCCCCCCCCCUUUGUUUGCUUUUUCAACUUUUAAAGCCCCUUCCUUCGUUCGUUUGCGUUUUUUUUUCCCAAUGCGUGUCAUGGAGGGACUGAGAAGCCUGUUGCCAGAGGCUGGGAGACAAAAAAAUCCGAGUGCCUGUUGGGCUGUUUUUUUGUUACAUCGAGUAUAUUUUUGAAAGAAGCACAAACUGUUGAACCGUUAGAAAAUGGAUAAAAAAGUUGUUGAUUAAAAAACAAACAAAACAAACAAAACAAUAAAACCUUUCAGUCAGUCUGA